UGCUGAGUUCCUCCAGCAUUUUGUGUGUGUUGCUUGGAUUUCCAGCAUCUGCAGAUUUUCUCUUGUGCCCUGUUGGGGGAGGCAGUGAGCACUAGCAACACAGCCAGACCGAGUGGCUGGGAGAGUGGAGAGGGCAGUGGUGUGUGUCCCGGCGCUGCCUGCUCUUCUUCUCCGGCAUCAUUCGAUCGUCCGCUCUGCAUUCGCCGCCGCUUUGCUGGCCAGUUCCGGAUCAUGUUUAGUUUAGCUCAGCUUCGCAGUGCAUGGCCGGUCUGCUGACCUAGCUGUCCUGGGGACUUCGGCAAUGAUGAGAAGAGAAAUCACCGGCUCUUAUGAAGAGCUUUCAAAUGUUGAAGCAGAGGAAGGACGCCGUAGUUCCGAUCUCAGCGAUGAGAAUAAUGCAGAAGAAGAGGAUAUUAACAGCCCAGUGUUACAAGACAAUGAUAUUGGCUCAACAGGUCUUCCCUUUAUCUUCGGUAAAGCCUGCCUGAAGAACACGUUUUCAGUAAUUCUUAUAUUUAUCUAUCUGCUCUUGAUGUCGGUGGCAGUGUUCCUGGCAUAUCAGACAAUCAGUGACUACAGAGAAAAGCUGAAACAUCCCGUCAUGUCCGUCUCUUUUCAGGAAGUUCAGAGAUAUGAUGCUCCUGGCAUAGCUUUUUAUCUUGGUGAGGCUGAGCUCCUGAGUUGCAAGCAUCAUUUUCAUGACAGUGUUCAGUUUGUGGUGAAUCCAGGCCAACCAGGGGAAGUAGAUUGCAUCAAGGAACAUGUCAGUUACUUGGACCCUUACAGAAACCAAACACUGAAAUCAGCCCUGGUUAUCCGUGGACCCCAAGAUGUGAGAAAGAAGGAGCUGGUGUUCUUGCAAUUCCAUCUCAAUGAAACAGAAGAGUAUUUCAGUGCAAUUGGUUAUCUCUUAUUCGCUUCAUUUGAUGAGUUUCGGGAGAGUCCUGACAAAGCACAGUUCAUGCAGGACUGUGAACGUUCUUACUCCAUCUGGACUUUUUCCGGUGGUUUCCGAACAUGGGUCAAGAUGUCUCUGGUAAAAACGACAGAGGAAGAUCGAAGUGAAACAGUGGAAUUCAGACAAGAGUCCACUCUUGUGAGAUAUAACAACCGUCAGCAUGGUUCUGAACAGAAUGGCCAGCGGUUCUUCAUUGUUUUUGAAUGGAAGGAUCCGUUCAUUCAGGAAGUCCAAGAUAUAGUCACAGCUAAUCAAUGGAAUACAAUUGCCAUUCUGUGUGGUGUUUUCUUGGCUUUAUUCAAGGCAGCAGAGUUUGCAAAACUUAGUAUUAAAUGGAUGAUUAAAAUUAAAAAGAGACAGCAAAAACGCAAGGCCCAGGAACUGAACCAGAUAAGUUGAACAAAGGCUGCAAUUUGAGCCCUUUGAAGCUCUUGUAAAACAUUCCAAUAGCUUGCCCAAGUAUUUUCUCCACCUGCAAGCUAACUUGCAAGAUAAGGAAUUAAUUGCGACGGAGACAGAGUACUGGACAGCUUCCGGUCAAGAUGGAACCAGUGAAUGACGCUUCUUUGGGCAACAUCUUCCAGAUAGUCCACAAAACUGUUUAUUUUACUUUUUCUAUGUCUUAUUUUAAAUGUUUUUCUAGUACUGUUAGAGCCUGCGAUUUACAAUUUGAAGAUUGAUUGAGGGAUCUAGCACUUUUCUGCCUCCGAGAAAAUUCCAGGAGCAGAGUGGCCUUGAGGCGAAAAAGCUGAGAUGGGGCUUGUGCCCAUGUUCGAAUCCAUUUCUUGCCAGUUAAAGUGCCAAGGAAGAUUGAAACAUGAAGGUGGUAGUGAGCGAGUUUUCCACACCAACUAUCUGCCUCUCCCUCGCUCCUGCUGGAGAAAGCAUCUAUGUAUGAUGGGCUCCCAUUUGCUGCUGCCAGAGGUGGUGUCUAUGAACGCCUCUGCAAUCAAAUGCUCUCUCCCUCCCUCAAUGCUGUUGGAGGAUGUUACCGAAGUUCUGAAAUUUAUGGAUUGGACCUUGGUUUUUACAUUGUGUUUUUAUCUGUUCUUUCUUGUUGCGUUUGCAUGAUUUGUUAGUUUUUUAAUGGUUUUUUGUGUGUAAAGGGGUUGAUGUUUUCUUUGAAUGGCUUCAAUGGUUUUCUUUGUUUCAUGGCUGUCUGGAGGAGAAGAAUCUCAGAGUUGUAUACCACAUACAUACCUUGAUAAUACUGUAUCUUUGAUCCUUUGGAAUAGCAAGAUGCAUUUGUAUAGCAUCAAUUUUUGUAGUAUUACUGUUUAAACAGUAUUUUGCAUUCUCAUUGUAUCUUCCAAAGUGAAUUAUUCAGUUUCCCACAUGAUGCUCCAGCAACUUUCAGUCCACUCAUUCAUGUUACUAAUUGAUACCCUCUUGCAGGCAUUUUAUCUCCUUCUCUCAAAUUGCUAGCUGUUGUAUCAUCAGCAAAUUCAGCGGCAAUGCACUUGAUCUCUUCAUUUAAGUUAUCAAUAAAGGUAUAUAUGGAGAUUCAAGAGACUAAAAAGUAUAAAUUGUUGAAUCCUUGGAAUCCUACUAGUUGUCAACUACCAAUCCAAAAAAUGACCCCCACUCUGUUUUCAUGCACUCUUAACUAUUAAAUGUUUUCUGUAAAUCCAAAGAAGAAACUACUAUUUUCAACUUUUUUCUUUUAAGAAUUUCAUAUGGUUCAUCAUGGUGCCAAUCUUCUAUAACUGACAUUAAGCCAAGAUCCCACAUUCUCUCACUCUCAACUACACAAACAUCUUCAUGGCACUAUUUUGAAGAGCAGAGAACUUAAUGCCAGCAUCCUGAUGAUAGCAUGUCUAACAAUCAACUUAACUAAAAACCAGAUUAAUUAACCUUGCAGUUUGAGGGAUUUUUUUGGUGCAAAAACAAGCUGCUGUCUUCUACAAUUAUGAAUGCACUUUGAAAGUAAUUCAUCAAGGUUUGGGAUUUCCAAGUAAAUUCAGAUUCUUUUUCCUUUAGAUUUUGUAAUUGUAUUUCAGUGUUACAAAAGCUGAUAUUUAAUAUAUUACAGGGAACAAUUGAUUACAAAAGAGUUGUGUUCCUGUCUGUAUCACAAUUUUCUGUUAAGCAAAAUCCUAUUUCCCAUGUUAUAUAUGAAGAUGCAUUCCUACAUAUGUUUUUUUCUCAACAGUAAUAUUACUACUGCUGCUGACUUGUGGUUUAUCAUGUCAGCUUCUGAAAUAAAUAGCUAAAAUGGCCAGCAGUAGUGCUUGAACAUGCAAGUAACUGUAAAUGUUGCAAUGCCCACAGAUUUACCUAUUGCAAAGUUUUCCUCCAGCAUCAAACCUUUGUAAAAAAUCAUUUUUUUACAUCCACUGCAAUUCUUUUACAUGGUUAUUCAGGUUUAUAGCUUGCACUUAACCUUGUUGGCCCUGUUUCAGACAUUGUGAAUGUAAAUAAAAUAGAAAAUGCCAGAGAAAUAAACUGUUCAACAGCGAGUCUGGAUGAAGGGUCUCGACCUGAAACAUUGACUGUCCAUUUCCCUUCAUAGGUGCUGCCUAAUCUACUGAAUGCCCUUUAUGUGUUGCUCUAGACUCCAGCAUCCUCAGUUCUCAGGGAUUAGCAAGAUGUAUAUAUCAUGCUAAAAAAAAUCUUGCUAGAUUAUCUGCAUUUCCAUAAUUGAAAGAUGAAAAUCCUGAAAAUAAAGAGAAAAUUUGGUUUCUUCAGCAUUUUGUGUUUAGUAUUUUCUCUAAAUGAACACCAUAAGACCAAAUUGUGCAUCUUGGAUUUCUUUGUAUUGAUUUGCAAAUUCUAUAAUGGUGAAUUUCCAUAAUCUGAAUGGCAGUAAAGUAAGUAUAUUUAGUUUUCCCGAUAUUUUACUCGAACUCUAUCUUUUCAGCAUAAAAAGCCUAUAAAGAUCUAUCAUACCUGCCAUGGUUUCUUGGUCACAAAAUGCAGAGAAAAACAGCUUUUUUCAUCAGAAG